AUGGAGACUCCUCGAACGAUUCGAGCUGUAACACGGUAUAAUUGGACUAUAAAUAAUGUGCGUUUACAUAAUAUACUACAGAAGCGUCAGUUUGCGGUGUCUGGAUGGAGGACCGAGAAGUUACGCAAUUCAAGGCAACGUUGGAUUAAAGUGAAUCAUCCACCAUAUGAGAGAUCACCAAUAAAGAGGAUAAGCGACGAUUGUGAGAAGAUUAUGUAUGUCACUAACGGUACAGUAAACAACUCCCUCAGCUCAAAGUGGCUGAAUGGUGCCAAGAGAAGGGAUAAUUACAUAAAUAAAAGUGGUGUUGUACAUACCCCAUGCCUAGUGUUUUGCAAGGAACGGUACCAUAUUCUUCUAGAAUCACUCGCGAUGGAGGAAGUUCUUGAACUCGAAAAUCGGUCCCAAGAUAUACUUGAGGCGUUUAAAACUGCAGAGGCGCAACUCUAUAGUUGCAAUGACGAGGAAACUAUUCACCGUCCCAUUAAAAAAUAG